AUGAUCAACAUCAACUUCUUCCUGAUGAAGACCUGCAAGAUAAAGUAGGAAAAGCCGGUGUCUUUAGGGACACCCUCGAAGAAAGCUAGCUGGCACCACCUUACUCAAAUCAACCUCUAA